AUGUAUGAACAGACAGUACGUAUCGCAAGAGAGGUAGACGAUUUGUUUAUCCUCUGUUACAAUUAUUCACCUCAUGGAGGCCAAAGUGAGGAUCCAAUAACUCUCAAAUAUUUUCUCUCAUUCACAUUCAUUGUCGACCAAAUUACCUUAACCUCAUCCCGUACACCAAAGGAAACAGAGAUCUAUUUCACUGAAUUUAGAAAGAAAGAAAGAAUGACAAAGAAAUUGGGUUGCCUGAAAUUGCGUACAGAUCUAAUUAAUUCUUGGUACAGUUGCCGUUUGUGCGCCGAAAUCGUUGUUAUUAUGGUGGACAAUGAGGAUUGUGGUGCCAACCAGUUGAAAGGUUAUUGUGGUGGUACUCUUAACGAUUUGGAUUGUUUGAUUCAUUGUCCAGUAAAAAACAAGGGACGAAAAUUUCUGUCUGGAAUCAUGGAGAAGUAUUGCGUUUCAGUUUGGGACUCAAAACCAGAAAGCAAAUAUGGCUGGCAACAUCCGCAUAUACGCAUGGAAAUGAUUGAUCCAGUUCUGCAGCGAAUUGUUCCCUAA